AACUCCUACUCCCGUUUCUCCUCCUCAUAACGCCUCCCCCCCCCAACGAAAAAACUAUUCAUCGAUUUUUUCUCAGUUGUGUGCAUUGAAUUGUUGAAACCUCUGGAUCAACCUGGGGGUGUGCUCGCUGACAGCAGCUCUACUCUAACUGACCUGCGCUGCAUUCCCGUCUCGGCCCUGGAUACAUAUCCACACCCAUUCGAUAUUCCUACAUAUCAUACCUUGCACACAUACCCACUGUCCGCCUCCAUCUCCCUCCCUCACGCCAAAGGAGCACACCCGCCACUUUCACACUCAACUACCCACCCUCCACCCUUCCUCUUUACCACACCAAGAACCCCACUCCCUCAUAAUUCCCGUCUAAAAGCUGUAUCGCCCAACGAAUUCCGCUACAUAUCCCUUCCCUCCCUCCGCCACCUCACCCCGCUAUUCCACCCCUACUGCCACGCCAAAGUUUUCCCUAAAUUUCACACUUCGACACUUCCACCCACCUCCAUCUAUUCACCCAAUACCAUUCUGAUAUCCGUUCCUGCUGCUGCUGCUGCUUUCACUGCAGCGCUCUACCCGAUCCUCGGAUCAAUCAGACACAACAUAUUGGGGCGUCAUAACUUCCCGAUUCGGUGUCAAUCCUCCGACAUUUGGUUUCAAGGUAGUCGAGCAAGCCAGUCCGGGUAGCGUCACCAAGCAUCGAGGUCUGCAUAACAAACUGAGAAUCUCUUAUCGACCAUCCGCACUUUCCACUUUUCCUCACAAUCCUUCGCAAUAGAAAGUGGUUGCCAUGGCUGCCGUGGCCAUUCAACCUCCGAGGGACACUCCCACUCCUCCCCCAAUGCCUACUACUACACCAACCCCAACCCUACCGUUGCCCGGCGCCGCUUCCACCACCGCUCCCAUCCCGAUUCCGAAUAAGCACAUGGCAGUAUCUGGACCUGGGGCCCCCAACUACGGGAAUCCAGUUACGCCCCCUGCUUCUCCUCAUUCUGAGGAGUCGCAUUCGUCUGAAGAAGGAAAUCGUUCUAUGGCCUCUCUGCUAUCCCCGGCGGAGAGCUAUCCUCUAAUCUCGGAAUCCCCACCCGUCCAUACCAUUGAUGCUGCUGGUGUAGCCGCCUCCCUUAACUAUAGUUCGAGGCAAAGUUUACCGGACAUUGAACAACUAUUUCCCUGGGCCCAUGGUCUCCAUCCAGAGAAUUCGAUGCAACUUGCCUUCUUCUAUGCUCGCAAGAAAUCAAUGAGGAGGGCACCUACUUGUUAUCGUGGCAUUUGUAUUGUUAAGGUCGGGGAUAUGUCCUGCGCAAGAUUGAAGGGUGCUAUCACACCGGAGGAGGUUCUUCCGUCAAACCCGGCAACCACUGGUUUUCUGGUUGUGGACCCGAAAGAGGGGUUCAAUGUUCGUAACUUUCACAUCCAAGUGGGAAAGUUUGCGUGUUUAUCUGAUAUCAUCAUUUACGGAGAUAACGAUGUCGAUCCCGGGGAAAUCACCAGGAUUGCAAAGCGGGUCUCUACCGCCCAACUAGAAUACAGGGCUCAAUACCAAAGGAACUCAACGCGGGAGUUCCCGAUAUACAACACUUUUGUUGUUCAGAGCCCAUUCUCCAUGUUUGAGAAUUACUUUCCGGAAAUUGUUACCAUAGACUCGGCAGGUAAUUUGACGGGAAAAGUGAUUGAUUUUUGUCACUGGGAAAGAAUGGAAAUGUGCUCCAUGUCCAGGGCAACAGAGAUCUCAAAAAAUGUCUGGCUAGGGUCCAGCGCCGACACUGCACCCGAGCCGGAGCAUGAGCCGCCGUAUGGUUUGUUGAUCGAGGCUAGUGACUUGGCUCAAUUGCCGUCAAUUGACAGCCUUCGAGAUCUGGGUGAGAUCAUGGACCGUACGGAUGCGACCCAAUGCAUUGAAUUUCCCGGUUCGGGUACAAUGACACCGCCGAGGUAUACGGCUACAGAAGUUGACGGCAUUAUCGAUACUUGCCGCUUCAUACAAUCCGUUGCAAAUGGCGGGCAUCAAGAGGCUCACGAUGCUGAUGGUGAUCUCUCGAUGACGCCACCUCGCGAACCCCGUCGGAUAUUGAUCCAUUGCACCGAUGGCUACACCGAAACUUCACUACUGGCUUUGGCGUAUCUUAUGUAUUCUGAAGGAUUACCCGCACAUUCGGCCUGGAUUCAGCUACACACCGUCAAAAAUCGAAAUUUCUUUGCGUACGAAAAGGACCUUCAUUUCCUUCGCUUUGCUGAGCAUCGGAUUCUUGAGGCAGCUGCUGAGGAUAAGGGCUAUUGUCUUAACUAUGCUGUACUCAACCCCCCCGGAUGGAUCCACCGCAUGGAUGGGUCACUACCUAGCCGCAUUUUAUCCUACAUGUAUCUAGGGAACCUACAGCAUGCUAACAACCAUGGGCUACUCGCUGCGUUGGGUAUCAAGCGUGUCUUGAGUAUCGGGGAGGAGCUAUCUUGGACAGAUAAAGAGAAAAGCAAAUGGGGUGCUGAUAAUGCGAUGGUUGUUAAGGAUUUGCAGGAUAAUGGAUGUGACCCACUAGAGUAUCAGUUCAGGCGAUGCCUGGACUUCAUUGAAGAAGGCCGCCAUGCGGAUGAACCAAUCCUCGUACACUGCCGAGUAGGGGUCUCUCGGUCAGCAACAAUAUGCAUUGCUGAGGUCAUGCGCGCCCUCAAGCUCUCGCUCCCUCGAGCCUACUGUUAUGUUCGUGCCCGUCGCUUGAACGUUAUCAUUCAGCCCCAUCUGCGUUUCAUGUAUGAGCUGCUUAAGUUUGAAGAGAAGAUCUCUUUUAAGAACCGUUGCACACCUAAGCGUGAGUUGGAAUGGACUCAUAUAGCACGAGAGAUUGCAACAAUGAAUCGUCCUUACACACGUCAAAACUGAUAGUUCAUGCGAGCUUGUUUGAGGUACCUUUUGUUUUCUCGCACUUCUCUUUGGUUGUGAUAAAUAUCCCAUGAAUUCCUUUUUUUAUUUCCUUCUUUUAACCUUCCUUUCAAAUUUGUCAUAUUUUUGUAGUCACAAUAGCUGAUAUUUAGCUGCUAUAUUUUAUUUAUUUAUUUUUUUUACUUUUCUUUUGUGGGUGUUUUCUCUUCCUUUCCCUUCCUCUCUUGAUUCUCCUAGUUGGCUGUUUUGGGGAGUCUUUCCCGUUUUAUUUUUUUCCCCGCAUAUCUGGUUUCGUCUGUUGGGUACGGUUUGGUUCUCGGGUAUGGCGUAGGGGCGAGUUGCAAGCAUUCGCUUUUUCUUUGCUAUUUCUAUUUCUUGUUCUGAUUUUGCUUCUGGGUUACGGUGGUUUGGAAGAAUAGGGGGGUCUCUUUUGGUUCACAUUUGCCUUACCCGUUACAGUUACUAAAAACCAAGGUACGUGCUGCUCCCUCACUGUGGGAAGCUUUGAGUGGAAGUCUUUUGUUUCUAAGUGUAAGUUUGGAAUUUACCUAGCGGGGGAGUUUUUUUCUUUUCCCUAGCAAAGUUUCUUGAA